AUGCAGGGCUUCAACAUGGGACGGUAUGUCCCUCCAGACCAAGAAGGUCUCACGUCCGCGAACAAGCUAGCCGGCAAGCAUGCGCUGGGCGCGCGCGCGCGCCAUCUCAAAACAACCGGAGCAUUGAUCGUGCGCUUUGAAAUGCCAUUCGCAAUAUGGUGCACAAACUGCAAACCGAACGAGAUCAUAAUCGGGCAAGGUGUACGCUUCAAUGCCGAGAAGAAGAAAGUCGGCAACUACCAUUCCACCCCCAUCUACAGUUUCCGCAUGAAACACACCGUAUGCGGAAAAUGGAUCGAAAUUCGAACAGACCCGGCGAACACGGCCUACGUGGUUGUAGAAGGUGGGCGGAAACGAGACACGGGGGAAAACAAGGAAUUGCAACCUGGUGAAAUUGCUAUUCGGCCUAGUUAUACACAGGAUCCGGCUGAGAAAGAUCCAUUUGCAAAGCUUGAGGGAAAGAUCGAGGAUAAGCAGCGAUCAAGGACGGAGGCGAGUCGGAUAUUGGAGUUGCAGGAGCGACAGAGUAGGGACUGGGGUGAUCCUUAUGAGAAGUCGAAGCGAUUACGGCGCUCGUUUCGAACGGAGAGGAAGGGACUGGAGAAGUUGGAAGCGAACCGCGAGGCUUUAAAGGAUAAGAUGAGUCUUGACUUUGACCUCGUUGAUGAGACUGAAGGAGAUCGUCAACGAGCGGGAAUGAUAGAGUAUGGGGAUGAUCAGGCAACCUUGGAAGAUGUGGCUGCGCGUGCGACUCGAGUUCGACCGAUGUUCGAAGAGAAAAAGGUCAAGAAGUUGUCUGACAGCAAAUUGCAUGACAAGAGCAAGCGUGGUGUUUCAGGAACUCGUACGGUUGAUCUGAUUACGCAACGCAAGACAAUCCUGCGUAAUGAGUUGAAGGGGAACACGCGCGCUGCUGUGGAUCCUUUUCUCAACGAUGUUGGAGAUGAAAAGAAUAUUUGGAGGCCAAGUGUCAAGCGCAAGAAGCCGUCUUCACCAACCGACCCAGACACUAUUUCGAAGAAUGAUGCCCGCUGUUUAGCAGAGACUACACCAGUCACUGACAAACAGGAACCAUUCGCUGGCUCGGUAGAACCAACCUCAGCGCUGGUGGGCUAUUCCUCCGAUACUGAGUAG